CGAUUCGCACGCGCGAAUUCAACAUUUUUUCUCGUUUGUAUUUUUUGGUGAGUUCGUUCCUUUUUCUCGAUUAUAUACCUAUAUUCAUUUGUUUCUUGCGUAAUUUUAGUACUUUAUCGUAUUUUGUUCGUUCUUUAUCUUUCGACUCACAUUUCGAGAGUGGCAUCUGAGUCGUUUCACAGCGUAACCAUGCUUACUUUGGCUGUUCCAAGUUUCAUGGAACACAGUCCAGAAGUUUGGUUUAAGAUAUUCGAGAUCGAGCUAGAAAAUAAGGGCAUAACGGCGGACCGUCCAAGGUACAAUCAGCUCGUCCCACGCCUUCCUCCGUCGGUAGUGACGCUGAUUGAGGACAUUCUACUCUGCCCAUCGAAUGAGGCAAAGUAUGAAACGAUGAAGCAAGCGAUAUUGAAAGAGUUACGACCCAGCGCACGAGCACGAUUUGAGCAGCUCAAUGGUCUCAAGCUUGGAGAUCGCAAGCCGUCGGCAUUGCUCCGCGAACUUCAGCGCAUCGCUGGUCCCUUAUUCUUGAGCGAAGAAGGGAUAAAGGAGCUGUGGUUUGCACGUCUCCCAGAGCCAUUGCCGGUAAUGCUGUCCAUGUUUAUAGAUGCAUCCCUGAAAGACUUAGCUACCAAGGCAGACGCUGCGUUCGAACGUUUUCCGCGGCAGACGACCAGUAACUCCGGUAACGUAUUCUCACCGAUGAAAACCGAAUCCCAUGUUUGUUUCCAGUCGCUAGACCGAUCUGACUCUAAAGACGAGGAAAUUGCGCUACUUCGCAGCAGGAUAGCGGCAAUAAAGGCUUCGAAGCAGCGUGUGCCACGGUCAAAUGCUGACCACGUUUUGGCUACCGUUCAUUGCGGCUCGUCUGUGCCUGCACCGUGUACGUCACGUUCGGCACGAAAGCGCCACAUUUUCCUUACAAGUUCUCAGUCAGAUACUGUCAAACCCAACGAAGAAGUGUGUUGGUAUCACCGCCAAUACGGUGGAAGAGCUAGACGUUGUCGGGCUCCCUGCAUUAGGCACGACCCAGCUGCUUCAGGGAAAAGGAAUAGCCCGCAUACUAGCACUACUAACGUAUCACUCAAUAACCAAGCAAAGCGACUGUUUUACGUGAAGGAUCGACGUUCUUCCAUCACGUUCCUCAUCGACACAGGAGCGGAAGUCAGCGUCAUCCCAGCGACCGCUAGCGACAAGCACUCGAAGCCUACGUACAAUUUGCGUGCGGCCAACGGUUCUCCUAUAGGUUCAUUCGGUCAGCGCAUGAUGAACCUAGACCUUAAGCUUCGCCGAGAUUUUCAGUGGGUCUUCAUGGUUGCGUCUGUACCCUUCGCAAUUAUCUGCAUGGACUUCCUCCGACAUUUUGGGUUGCUUGUUGAUGCUGGUCGCCACAGACUUUUAGACGAUUGUACGAAACUAGGUGUUGAUGGAGUCCUUUCAGAUGCCCCGAUAAUCAGCCCAGUAUUUCGGAUCGCAGACGCACCGUCCGACUACUUGAGCCUCCUCUUCGAAUACCCGCGACUGGUUCGACCGGCUGCAGAGCUUCCACCAGUCACGACAGAGGUCGCUCACCACAUAGUUACGCGCGGUCAACCAGUUAGCGCACGACCAAGACGGCUUGCUCCAGACAAACUACGGGCAGCACGAGCCGAAUUUGAUCACAUGCUUCAACUUGGUAUCGUCAGACCGUCCAACAGCCCAUGGGCGUCGCCUCUGCACAUGGUCCCGAAGAAGGUUGUGGGGGACUGGCGUCCUUGCGGCGACUAUCGAACCUUGAAUACGGUAACCACGCCU